AUGGCCGCCCCAGUACCGCUAGACCGCAUACCCCCUACGACGGCCGCCUAUGUGAUCGCAACAGCGAUCAUUGCGGGUGUGACCGGAUAUUUCAUCGGCCAAGGCUCCUCGAUCAGCCUCUUCAAAGAAAAGGAAGGGUGGCCGAACAGCUACGAUGUGAAGGUCCAUAGCCACUCCUCUGACGAGGAGGACGAAUCAGACUCCGAAGAAGAGACCGACGAGGAAGAUGAGGGCAACGGCGAAGAACUGUCGAGCUUCAAGGACAACAACGAGGAGGUGAAGCUGGUGCUAGUCGUUCGCAUGGACCUAGGCAUGACCAAAGGCAAAAUCGCCGCCCAAUGCGGUCACGCUACCCUCGCCUGCUACAAAUACUUCCUCGAAUACGCGCCCAACUCGCCCAUCCUCAAGAAAUGGGAGCGCGGUGGCCAGGCCAAGAUCGCAUUGCAGGUCAGGUCCGAGGAUGAACUGCUCGUCAUGCAGGCUCAGGCUAUUAGCCUUGGGCUUUGCACGCGCGUUAUCCAGGAUGCUGGGCGCACUCAAAUCGCAAGUGGCAGCAAGACCGUGCUGGGAGUCUUGGGCCCCAAGAGCGUGGUUGACGGCGUGACGGGACACUUGAAGCUGUUGUAAAUUACACACAUUAUAGAUGUGCUUUCUUGAACUAGAUAGGCAAUAAUGAUCAUGACCUCGACGAAGA